AGUCGACACAGGCCGGGCUCCCCUCAUAGGCAUAGCCCGGGCGAAGCUCAGCUUCGCAUAUCGGACUUAUCCUUAUCGCAGACCUGCCUCAACGCGUGAGUCUCAUCUUGGCGUUUCGCUUUUGUUUUACAUGUCUUUAUAGUUUAAUUUACUAAUCUAUUUGGAUAAUGUUUUCAUUUCGUUCUUACAGAGGAUUAUAAAACGUCUUUGAUCCUAAUUGAUCUUCUCUAGGGUGUUACGUUGUUUGUGACAUUAGAUUUAAGUAUUGUUCUUAUAACGUCUUUUCAACAGGCAAUGUAUCGUGUUUCCAUCCCAUACGAUUAUCUAUGUAUCACCAGUUAAAGUACAACUUAAAAAAAAAUCAAGGAAAUAUAAAAACAUGUGAAAUAUACAUUAUGCAGUAUAGUUAAUAGAAUUGUGAUGAGCUGAAUUUUCAGUUUAAUCAGUAGUAGUCAAGGUUUGCAGCGAGUCCAUUAAAUUCUAAGUGAAAACGCACAUCUGCAAGUAAUCUUAGCAGACUGAAUUUCCCUCGCUGACGGCUGAGACUCUACGGUCAGUCAACAUUAAAUUUCACGUUUUGACCUCAGCGAUUUCCUGUAUUUUCUGUAAGCAGUUUGUUGUGUUCAUUCCCCUAAGAAAAACAGGGCUAAGGACAGAAACAGCAAAAGCUAGUGCUUUGCUCCUAGCCGCCGUGAUAUGCUGUAGAAGGUACUUGCCAGAAAAGGCCAUUUGAUGGAAAUGUGGCUAUUCCUGGCCGCGCCUUGGCCCAUGUUCUUCAAAAGAUGAUGAUGAAGCUCAGCCUCAGCAUUUUCCGUGAUUGUUGGAUUACAUCACCAACUACACGAUCUGCGAUGCACAGGAACACGGCUGUACGCAUCUAUGUUCCAUGGGCGAUAAACCUCAUGAUGUAAACGCAGCCUUGGUAUGGAGAUGUUCCAGAAGUUCCUAAUAAAGGGCCUGUUAUACUAGUUGCAGAUAACACGUUCCUUUAUCAUUUAACGUGAACUCCUUUACCUCACCACUACACACGUGCAGUAUGGAAUGUUGCGUCAUUUCUUAUCUCAUCUCUCAGAAUAAUUGUAAUAUUAUAUGUUUUCUACAUUUUAUCCAAGACCUCAAAUCUGUCAGUAUUAAGUAUAUUCAUUCAGUAACAUGUAUUGAGACUAUACACAGUGUAAUUGCCUCAAAAUCUCACACUGAUCUUACAUGUCUUCAUCUUCCCAAAACGCACAAAGAACAGCAAAACUAAGUGAAUUGAACUAAAUAAUUUAUGUACUAGACACAUCAUACGUAGCUACGCAAAGAAUAUUCAAAGUAACACACAUCUGUAACCUCCCCUCCCCCACAAAAAAGGUAAAACAUAAAAAGAUAAAACAACCAUAAUCAACACCAAAUCACGUUCAAAUUUAUGUGCUUACUCUGCCCCGCUGUCCCCAGGCACCCUCUGUUCAAGGCCGACGGAUCUGGCUUCGAGCAUCAGAUCAGCACCAACAACGGAGAGCAUGCGGUGCAGCUGCAGUUGCCCCCGGGCCUUACGUGCACCCAGUGUGUCAUGCAGUGGCGCUACGUGGCAGGAAACAACUAUGGCGACUGCGGGGACGGCACCGGGGCGGUCGGAUGCGGACCCCAAGAGGAGUUCCGCGCAUGCAGAAUGGUCUAGUCCGACGCCCAGCACAACGACCACUCAACAACCUUCCACGCCCGCGCCUACCGGUUGCAGACCCGUGGCCCCCUGGAGCUCCGUGCCCGGAAUGGUUAAAUGGUGCAACGAUACCUGCCAGGGCACGUC